AUGUCCGCAGCCUCGAUCCCCGACACUUCGCUUGGCCUCACCUCCUCCGAGAUCCAGAUUCUUCGACAGCAGCAGCAGAUUGCCCUUCAGAACAACCAUGCCGGCAAUGGUGCUUCCAGAGGUCGUGGCGCGGGGAGAGUCAGUAAUUCUAGCUCUCGCGCGACCAGUGCCGCCAGCAGUCAGGGCCGCUUACUGCUGGACCCCGAUAGUCUUCAUGCCCUGUCGCAUCAGUUGGGCUCCUUGGAACGUCGUAUCAGCGGUCAGAUCGACUAUCUCUCGCAACAAAUCACAGAUUCCGUUAAACGCAGUCGCAGCGGCGCAUUGCAAACAAUCCACGAGGUCGAGGCGGAGAUGGCCCGGACCCGCUCCAUGAUGGAACAUGCGGACGAGUUGGAGAACGAGUUGGCCAAGAUCGCUCAUAUUCGAGAUAUCGUGAAAUCAUUUCGCGGUCGAAUCGAAGUUCUGGAUCGUCGCAUGGAGCAGUCUCGUCGCCGCCGCUGA